AUGGCGUCCGAGAUGGAGGCAGCGCCCGUGCUGUCUACCCCCGAUAAUCGAAUUCUGGAGGAAAUCGAGCCCGUGGUUUCGCAGAAUGCGACUCCAUUGUCGGACGACGAAGUCUCCAUCACCUACGAUAUCGAGCGCACGCUGAAAGAGAUUCGCCAGGCACGGUACAGGCGCAUCGCUCUCCAAUUUCCCGAUGACAUGCUCCCAGAUGCCCCGAGGGUUUUUCAAUUGCUCAGCCGUGGCCUCGACCGGAAAGUCGUCGCAAAUGGCUCCGAACAGCCUUCCAACCAAACACCCGCCGACGCCGACGCGGGCCUGACUCAGUCGGUGUCCCAGCUUCGAGUGGAGGGACAAACUGAGGAGAAGUGGUCGCCACGGCUGUAUAUCCUUGCAGACACUUCGUAUGGGACUUGCUGCGUUGACGAGGUUGCGGCGGAACAUGUGGACGCAGAUGUGGUUGUGCACUACGGCAGAUCGUGUCUGUCCCCGACAGCUAGAUUACCGGUGAUCUAUGUCUUUACGCAAAAGACCCUAUCCAUUGAUCCGGUCGUGCGAGCCUUCAAAGAAACCUAUCCUGACCCCGCGACAAAAGUGGUCCUCGCCGCCGACGUGACCUACUCCCAUCAUGUCCCUGCAUUAUAUACUCGGUUAGUGGAGGAGGGAUACACGAACUUAUUUGCGACGGAGGUAGUCCAUGACCCGUCGUCUGCAAUUCCAAAUCGCACGGUCCCCGAGUCUGUCCGGGAGCAGCCCCAGAGGCUGUCAGACUGGCAGCUUUUCCACAUCUCCGACCCACCAACCGCCCUCCUCUUGACCCUUGCAUCACGCGUUGCCGCUAUCCAUAUAUACCCCACAACCAGUAACAAUGAAGCUGUCAAACCCCUACCGGCAUCCACUGCCGUGGCUCUGCGGCGUCGCUAUGCGAUUCUGACUUCGCUGACUACGGUCCCCAUCUGGGGCAUCUUGAUCAACACUCUCAGUGUGAAGAACUAUUUGCACAUUGUGGACCAUGUCAAGGAGCAAAUUGCAGGGGCCGGCAAGAAGAGUUAUAUGUUCGUGGUGGGCAAAUUGAACGCAGCCAAGGUCGCCAAUUUCAGCGAGAUUGGCGGCUGGGUGGUCAUUGGUUGCUGGGAGAGCUCGCUAGUCGACAGCAAGGAUUUCUGGAAGCCGGUGAUUACCCCGUUUGAAUUAGCGCUGGCCCUGAAGGGCGAUGCAGAGCGGGUGUGGACCGGGGCGUGGCAGAGUGACUUCCAGGCCAUCCUCGAUCAGCCCGCGACCAACGGAGAUGAGCAGCCAUCCCACGGUGCGACCACAGACGAAGAGGAUCUGUCGGAUUCCGAGUCGGCGCCACCCGAGUUUGAUUUACGUACUGGGCGCUACGUUUCGCAUUCCCGCCCGAUGCGCGAUCCCGCGCCCCGCGCUUCCCAACUUGAUGGAUCUUCCGCCGCUGGGCCAUCCGCCGCUAGGGCACUGGCUCGACGGGCUAAAGGCGAUUUAGCGAUGAUCGGCGGUGCCGUGUCACCAGGAGCUGAGUUUCUACGGUCGCAACGGACCUGGAAGGGGUUGGGCAGUGAUUUCGACAUUCGAUAUGAUGAGGAAGACCCGGCUGAUAGCACCCUGGUCAAGGAAGGGCGCAAGGGCAUCGCGAGGGGCUACACCGUAGGCGACGCGACCGACAAACACUAG